AUGACUUCAACGCGUCCACGCGAAGGAAGAGGCGUCAGGAACGCCGCAGGAGGAGAACACGACAGACUCAAACGCGCCGUCCUCCAGCCCGUCCAGUGCUGGGACAAGAAGUGGGCAGAGUCCAAGAACGGGAAGCAGCUGCAGGUGUUCAAAUGGGUCAAAUCGGACAGACAGGUCGAUUUUGAUGAUGAUGAGGAUGACGAAGAGAUCGAGCAGGCACCUAUUCCCCGUCAGGUCGAGGAGGAGGUGGGAACUCCUAUACCCGCAUUGCCAACCCUUCAGGAUGCAGAUGAUACCGGUGCCUCGACACCAGCACAGACAGGAGAGGACGACGAUGAGGACGAUGCAGUGAGCACCACAACCAACACAACCACAACCAACACCAACAAACCGUCAACGUCAAAUCCUCCAGCAACACAUACGUCUACAUCCCCGACGCUUUCUAAAACAGAAAGGCGCCCCUCCAUUUCUGUCUCAUCCACGUUGACUGGGAGCGGCAGCUCACACCCUGAGACGUUAGCACGAAAGCUGAUUCGGGAAGAGACCAGGGGACUCAACAACAGUGGCGGUAGUACAACUGGAGGAAGCAUAGAGGAUGAUGAUGAGGAUGAUACAGAUUCGAGCCGGCCUUUGGUGUUUACACCCUCAUUGGAGACCCCCGUUGAGACACAGGCCAACACGCCUCAGGAUUUUGAGAGCAUGUCCCCUGCACCGAUGAUGAUGGACUCUGACGAGUUUAAGCGGGGAGCAGAGGUUGAUUUGGUCGUCAAGGGACUGGAUCAGGGACAGGCCGAGAUGGAGGAGGAGAUGGAGGAAAAGCUUGUUGUCAAGGAGAAGGAGCAGCAUCAUCAUCAUGUUCUUCAGCCCGUUUCUGGAUCUGCCACCACUAGCGUCGCUGUUGCUGGAGGCACCGUUGUUGCGGUCGAACAUGAACAUCUUCGAACUGUUGUGUCUACAAAAAGACAGGACGAUACUGGAGUGCAGCAGGUUGCACACGAGGAAGAUGCACAGAUGGAGGUUGAUCUUCCCUCCGUGCCCUUUCCGUAG